CAAAAAUAAAUUGGAAACAUCAAAGAUCCGUUCCUUCUCUCAUCUCUCUCUCUGGGGGUCCUCUCUUCGAAAGUCGAAACUCUUAGACCUGGUUUUGGUUCCUAAGCCAAAGCCAGGGCCAGGUCGAGAAAGUUAGCAGAGCUUCACUUCCUCCACCGGAUCCCUUCGUUUCCAGCUGCUAUUACAAUCAAUUCAAUUGUUCUUGCCAACAUGAAUGACCUACUAUCGGAUUCCUUUGAGAUCCCUCGGGGUCAGGCUUCAAGGGAUGGGGAUAUUGAAUUAGGCACCCAAGCUCCUAUGAGAUCAGGAGACCUGGGAUUGGAUAAAUUCUUCAAACAGGUUCAAGUUAUUGAGAAAGAAAUUGAAAAGCUUAAUAAGCUAUUGGUAAAGCUCCAGAGUGCAAAUGAAGAGUCAAAAGCCGUGACAAAGGCUGCUUCCAUGAAAGGAAUCAAGCAGCGUAUGGAGAAAGACGUAGAUGAAGUUGGAAAAGUUGCUCGUCUAGUGAAGUCCAAAAUUGAAGAGCUUGACAAAGAUAAUAUGUCCAAUAGGCAGAAACCUGGAUGUGGAAAAGGAACUGGUGUAGACCGGUCUAGGAUGGCAACUACUAUUUCCUUGAAAAAAAAGUUCAAAGACAAGAUGUCUGAAUUUCAGACUCUAAGAGAAAACAUUCAUCAAGAAUAUCGGGACGUUGUUGAGAGAAGAGUUUUUACAGUAACCGGUGAAAGAGCUGACGAAGAGACAAUUGAUCGGCUAAUAGAGACUGGAGAUAGUGAACAAAUAUUUCAGAAAGCUAUUCAGGAGCAAGGACGUGGCCAGAUACUGGACACCUUGGCGGAAAUUCAAGAACGCCAUGAUGCAGUAAGAGAACUUGAGAGGAAGCUUCUUGAGCUGCAGCAGAUUUUCUUAGAUAUGGCGGUCUUGGUGGAAGCCCAAGGCGACAUGUUGGACAACAUAGAGACACAGGUUUCUAGUGCAGUUGACCACGUGCAAUCGGGAAACACUGCACUGCAAAAGGCAAAGAAGCUUCAGAAAAACUCCCGAAAAUGGAUGUGCAUAGCUAUUAUUAUGCUUCUUAUAAUCGUGGCUGUCAUUGUUGUGGGUGUUCUCAAGCCAUGGACCACCAAGAAUGGUGCUUAGUCAGGGAGGGGAGGGGCUUCUGUACUGUAAUAUAGUAGUUAUUUUGUUGAUAUCUUUUGAGAAUUUUGUGCCUUCUGUCCAAAGUUAUUACCAUAUUGUUUUGCUUGGUCCAGUUUUCCCCUCUUUGUUGUCAAAUUUUUCUGUUUCAAUCCCAGCUUCGGGUUUCUUUCUCAUGUGCCUAUUACAGUUGAGCAUUGUACCUGCUAUAUUUGAGAAUAUUUGUUAUUGGUUUGUUAUUAUUGU